AUGACUUCAGAUGCUCAACCUUUCCUAUAUGAUAUUGGAAAAAGAACUGAUUAUGUGGGCCUUGGACAUGAAGAGCAAGUGGAGCACAUCAAGGCAUAUGUUUGCAAACCAUCUUCUGUUACGGACAAAGCUGUGAUAGUGAUUCAUGACAUAUAUGGAUGGCAAUUCCCAGACAUUAGAUACAUAGCUGAUCUAGUGGCAGCUGCGGGAUACGUAGCCAUCUGCCCAGACUUUUUUCUGGGAAAAAAACCUUGGACAUCCGCUGAUCACUGGGCUGAGUUUCGUGACUGGUUGAAAGAUCACGAUCCCACAAAAGUGGAUAGGGAAGCUGAUGUUGUCUUGAAGUAUCUAAAGGAGCAAUGCAGUGCAAAGAAGAUCGGUGUCGUUGGGUUUUCCUGGGGUGGAAUGGCUGUACAUCACUUGAUGCUGAAAAAUCCUGAAUUAAAGACUGGGGUGUCCCUCUAUGGAAUAAUCAGGGACUCUGAUGACAGAUAUAAUUUGCUGAACCCGACGUUUUUUAUUUUUGGGGAAAAAGAUCACACCAUUUCGUAUGACCAAAUCAUCUUACUGGAGAAGAAACUGAAACAGUACUGUCAAGUUGAAUAUAGAAUUAAAGUUUAUCCUGGACAAGUUCAUGGCUUUGCAGAGUUAAAGCCAGAAGAUAUGAAACCUCGAGAUAAACCUUACAUUGAAGAAGCAAGAAAGGAUAUGAUGAACUGGCUGAAAACAUAUGUUUAA